CUAGAACUUUCCAUUCAAACAUAACCAAAGAAAACAAUCAGCGGCAAACGACGUUAGUGCAAUUGUUUUCCAAGAUUUCUAUAUAAAUAACAUUGAAAAUAUUAUUGAGUGUUACCCAAAGUUUACUCCCACCCGUGUGUAAGUGAUAUAGACCAAAAAAAUGGCGGGAUAUGAUGCACAAGGAGACGGUCCGGGCUUUGUUGGAAUUCGGUUUUGCCAGGAAUGCAACAACAUGCUUUACCCCAAAGAAGACAAGGAGAAUAAAAUCCUGAUGUACGCAUGUAGAAAUUGUGACUACAAACAGGAGGCAGAUUCGAAUUGUAUUUAUGUUAACAAAAUUAUGCACGAAAUCGAUGAACUUACACACAUAGUGCCGGAUGUAAUCUCAGACCCAACUCUCCCGCGUACCGAGGACCAUGCAUGUCCAAAGUGUGGUCACCGGGAAGCUGUAUUCUUCCAAGCCCAGACACGACGAGCUGAAGAAGAAAUGAGAUUGUACUACGUCUGUACAAAUCAAAAUUGUACUCAUCGCUGGACAGAAUGAAUGCUGUAUUUUCUUAACUUGGGUGUAUUAUUUAAUAAGACGGAACUUGUAAUAAAACAAAAACAAUCAUAUAAA